GUUCCAUCAUAUGAACGAUUGAAGCGGCAGUAUCUUGAGCUAAAGUUUCUCAAUUGAUUCGGAUAACUAUCCGAAUGGGUUCAACGAGUUCUGUGCUACAGUGGCAUUGUCAACACUGCCGGGCGAUCAACACGACGGAGAACGCAAUUUGCGUUCGAUGUGGCUCACGUCGAGGCGCCUACCACGAUAAGAGACCUCCGCCCGUUCCCUCUCGACAGUUCAAAAUUUCAAAACGCAACAUCGUAUUCGAGAGCCAUCUCUACGACGACGCGGAGGGAUGUGAUCCUCCGCCAGUUCCUGCCCACAAGAGUACGGAGCUGAAGGAGCCGUCGUCUUCGCAUCUGUACGCGGAAUUAGAUCCGGAGGAGGAGGACAACAAUGGAGAAUAUGCCGUGCUCGAAUAUCCCGAGCCGCCAAAUAUGUACCCAGGUCGUCAGCCCGCGAAGCAGGAGCCCAUAUACGGGGUUAUCAACAAAGUUCGCAAACCUCCUCCACUUCCACCGCCCCAUGCUUAUCGCGCGCAACAGGAAGGCGUUUACUAUUCUGAGGUCAUCGAAGAAGAUCUCGAUCACCUGCCACCUCCAUUGCCCCCACAUAAGGGGGAAAUGGAUCUCUCCAACGAAAUUGGCAAAUGGUACUGUCUCAACUGUAGGAUUUGGAACACGUCUAGGGACUCUUCAUGUGUAUAUUGUGCGAUGCCAUUCAGCGAUGAUGUCGUUGCGACCGGAACAGGCUCGCGAUGAAUCGGAACGUGAUCUACUUGCCAAUCCGAUGAUCCAUUCCUGGAAUCUCGAGAUGGAAGCGCCGCACAGUUUUCGAGCCCAGAUGGGGAUCGAUCUAUCAUAUU